UCGCACGAAGCUUCGGCGGAAGGUUCAAUUGUUAGCCAACCAUUGCGACGAGUGGUUGCGCGUGAUAAACAUUCGCACGAUAGAAGCGCGUGCUUCGUUUCGCGAUCGGUGCGUGCACUGGGGCUAGACUUGUGCGUUCGACGUCGCCUCUAAUCGACGACGAUCAUCGUACGAAACGUGCAGCAAGAUGAAACGCGUGCCUGUAAUCGCGACAGUGACGUGGUGAUUGGUUUCAUCGUUGUUCGCGUUAUAUCGUCGUGAGUAAACCCGUAGUCCGUGUAAACGCAGUGACCGAAGCAGAGAGAAAACACCUUCCCUUUUUUCUUACUACUUCCUUUCUAUCGUUUGCUUGUGAAUACGAAGGAUACUUACGCGAGUAUUGCUGGCUGUGAUCGCAACAAGUGAAAUCUCCAUAGUCUUCCUCCGUCUCCUUCUCCUUUUUUUCUUUUAUUCUUUUGUGUGACUCGACUACAACGAGACUACUCGUGUGCCUGCUGGUUAUCUACUUUGGCGGUCGUGACGCCUCGUCGUACGACCGAGCAACAGAAAAAUUUGGGAUUAUCCGUGCAUCUUUUGCGUUUGGUUCAGUUGACGUACCGUCGACCGGGUAGCGGCCAUGACGGCGGACAGCUUGUUCGAGACUACCAGCAUCCCAGGGCAUCUCGCUCCCACGCCCCAGAGGCUGGAGAGGCUUCUCUCGAAACAGACCCUCGAGGAACUGUACGAGGUCGAGGAACAACCUUUCGCACGAGGCAAAUACGCGGCAGUGAGAAGAUGUCGAGAGAGAUCGAGCGGAAGGCAGUGGGCAGCGAAAUUUCUAAGGAAGAGGAGACGGGCGCAGGAAUUGAGGGCGGAAGCCCUGCACGAAGUCGCGGUGCUGGAUGCCGCGGCCAGCUGUUCUCGUCUGGUGUCCUUGCACGAAGUAUUCGAAACGAACACGGAAAUGGUCCUGGUUUUGGAAUUGGCUCCUGGCGGUGAAUUACAAAUGAUUCUGGACAGAGACGAAGUUCCGGAAGAACGACAAGUUGCCAGAUUACUGAAGCAAAUUUUAGGCGGAAUAGCCUUCCUCCAUUCCCUGAACGUCGCUCAUCUUGACAUUAAGCCUCAAAAUCUGGUCCUGACCGGCGAGUUCCCAGACUGUGACGUGAAGCUUUGCGACUUUGGUAUCUCGCGGUACAUCAGCCAUGGCGCGGACAUACGGGAGAUUCUGGGCACGCCCGAUUACGUUGCCCCAGAAGUGUUGAACUAUGAGCCGAUCAGCCUGGCAACAGACAUGUGGUCCAUCGGAGUUCUGUUGUACGUGUUGCUAACGGGAUGUUCUCCGUUCGGAGGUGACACGAAACAGGAAACGUUCUGCAACAUCAGCCGAUGUCGCCUAGAUUUCCCCGACGAUCUGUUCGAAGACGUGUCCGAGGAAGCGCGCGAUCUCAUGCGCAAGCUAAUGGUCAAGGAUCCAAACGAACGCUUGACCGUCACGGAAUGCCUGCAACACCCAUGGUUCGGCUCGUUCGACGACCCUCAACCACCAUUAUCUUUAUCCAGCCGCCCAGCGUUGGACCAGUCUCCCAUCCAAGAUAAAUCAUCGCAGGAAACGAAAUCAUUCUCCAAAUCUACCACGAGCGCCGAACACCAAACAACGACAGGACCAUCCAUGACCAAGAACGACUCAGAGAAACAAAAAGCGGUGAACGCUUGUCAGGGCAUGGAAACGAAACCCUCGGCAAACAGAGCAAUUUCCUCGCACACGGAGAACAUAUAUACAAAGUCAAAAAUGUCGCCGAAACCCACUAGAUUCGGGCUGAGCUCGGAUCGCAGGGACACUUUUAAGAGGAACAUGGAUUCUCUGGCGCAGAAAUUUUCCGGCACAGAAAUCAUGAUAAUCGAGCCAGUCCCGUCAUCCGGUACCACAGUUUCCUCGAACGUAACAAGCAGUACGCAAAGGAGAGCCACAGCCACGCACACGAUGCCAGCCGGAGAGGUGUUCAAAUGCACACCGGUAUUCAUCCUGGGCGAAGAGCAACAAUGCAGCGACAGUGGCAGCGAUUCCGUUUCAGAAAUAUCGACGGACAGCUCUAGCGACCGAAGCAGUAUUUAUUCAGACGAUUCGUUGGAUUUUAUCUUAUAUGGAAAGAGCCAAGGUAGAGCCACUUUCCCAUUCUCCACUACGGAAGCGCCUUCCGACAGAUGGGAACACAGGCACCAUACGAGGGUUUGGUCGAGAGAGUGCAACGGAGUGGUGAGCAAAGCUCUCAGCCGUUUUUCCUCAGAAACGUCGAACACGAAGUUCAGCAAAGCUACCACGCCGCCAACAGCCCAUGGUAAAGCUGGAUUAGAAGCUCUUCGCGAAAGGGGUGGAAACUUAGUUGUAAUUCGUGAACCUGUAAGAGCUGGCAGAUACACCAGAUACAGCGAAGUACAAUGCGAAUCGGUGCAAGCACGGAUUCGACGAUUUCAGGUUCAUGGAGCUUCGUAGAUGAGUAAGCGCGUGAUCUAUCCGUAAAGGACUUUCUCGAGCAGCUUCAGAGUCCUGGGUCCUCGAUGGACAGCAACAGGAUCCUUUGUAUAUAUUACGUUACGGUGUACAGUAAAUGUAGUUUCAAGAACGCGUUGCGAGACAUCGAUAGUCGAAGAAAUACGCUGCAAAAAAACAGAAAGCUAUGGGAUAACUGUAAAUAUUACAACGAGAAGAUUUGCGGGUACCGAUCGCUCGUGACGCAUGUUGUAUAUAAAUUCGGACGACCGAGAUUCUACGAGAGAGCGGCGGUCGACCGGACCACGUUACUCGAGUUUCGAAGGUUUUAUCGUACAUAACGCAAGAGUAAAAAGAAGAGCUUAUUAGUUGAUUGUGGUACGGUGGUUUAUGGAAGUAUUUGAGCACUUCUAGAAUCUUUUUACGAAUUUACUAUGUACGGGUUAUAUGACACAUUGUGAAAUUUUCUUAGAACUGCGACGAGACACGGUUUUCGUGGUCGAAUUGCUAAUAUAAUUGGAAUACUCGUAUUCCAUUUUAUAGUACUAUCGAAAUUUCGAAAAAUCGUAUAACAUAUAUAGUAAAUUCAUAGAAAUUUUCUACACCGAGUACUCAAAUAAUUGUAUAAAUUAUUGCAUGUAGAUUGGAUUCAAGGUGGCAGCAGGAGUUUCAAGCGAAACGUAUCGACAGCUCGUUGUCUGCCAUUACCGAUAGACUGACCGGCCGUCCCUUCAAACUGUGAGAUAGAAAAAAGAAAAAAAAAGAAAAAAAGAAAAACGCGAGUUACGCGUUCGAUGCAUCGAGUUGCUCGCGAUACGAAAGUGGAAGACUGGUUCAUCUCGUUUCGUUUUCUGUGGUCUCGACUCUCCUCUCAACAACGUUUCACGCGAGGUCGACACUUGCGAUAGUUACGCAACUGGAUAAAUGUCAGGCAUAUGUCAGACUUUGUUCGGAAUUCUAGUGUAACAGCGUACGUGUAUAAAGUAAAAUGGCGCGCGAGCAGCUCGAUGCUGAGCGGCGAGUUUGCCCAACCUAGCCAUAAUAUUAUUAGUCGCUAUAUAGAUCGUCGUGAUAACAGUAACUCGAAUUACCUGGAGCUCCGUUCCACGGAUCUCGCUAAAAUUUCAAUCCGAUAACUUGGGUGCCUUUACCGUAUACGUUUUAAGAGAAGUCGUGUCCCAGUCGCUUAAGCCAUUAAUGACCAAGCACAAUAAAUAGAACAGUAAAGGUAACAUAUAUAAAAAUCUAUUAGAUCCAUGGUAUUCGCUAUCGUAUUCACUAGACUGUGGAUUUUUAUGCUUUUAUGGGAAAUUGAAUUCUUAGAGGCUAUCGUAGAUGAAGGCUUACCAUGGUACAUUUUUUGCAAAUAAAGAUACUGACAAAAAUAACGAAGUGGGAUUAAAUGUGUUCUUACUUUUAAAUUUGAAAGUUUUUGAAUUUAAAAAGUAGAAUUGAUAAUAAAAAGGUUAUUGGUUGCUAUUGUUACAAGUAAUAACAUUGCUUUGUUAUUUAUUAUACAGAACAGUAAGAUUAAAAGAAAAUUUCACUCGCGAUAGCCUCCAGAGUAAAAGAUGCAAAGAUACGUAGAAUUCACACAAUGGGCAAAAGUGUAUAAAACAUGCAAGAUAUCGUACUCGUUCGAAUAUUUAGAAAGUAAUACAAUUCUCCACCUAUGCCAUCAUUUUUUUCAUUCUGUCGAGAAAAAUAUGAAUCUGCAUAAACAUCCACCGUCUGGGAUACAAUUCCAUAAUGUAAAUUGAAAAGAAAAAAAGAAAUUGCAACGCUGGCUCUUGAUGGGUUAAGUCGUCUAGCGUAAACGAAGCAUACGCGUGCAUGUAGAUAUAGAAAUGUACGAGAUACACGGGGUAGAAUCUCGCGUAUGAAUAUUUCUGCGUGUACAGGCAGUGAGCUGUACGCGACUGAUCGCAAGCAUUAACCGCACACUCGUAGUGCCUGCUUUUGUUUGUCCCGUUCGUAGUAGCGUAUCUCUCUCCGCGGAAAUACGGCUCGUUGCGCCGGAAGAAAAAUGAACGCGUGCACGACGGAAGAGCGUGGUGAGAGAACGAAUCGAUGCUUCCAAGAAGAGUCGGGUGAACGAGUCAAAGAAAUCUCUCUCCAGUCUGAAUAGAGUGCCUUAGUCGUACGGACGAUUUAAUCAAUCGUACCGACGAUCGAUCGAAAUUGAGAGCCUAAACUAGCUUUAGGCGUCUCCAAUUCUUCUCGUUGGAUCGAUAUCGUCUCUCGAGGGAGAUCGGUGCCUCGUAUCACAACGACCUGCCCUGCUAAAUAUCGCGCUGCAACACUCAAAAAUGAACCUGUUAGCUGAGUUACGUUUAACCAAAUGCUCCUAGAAUCCUGAAGUUAAAUAUACGCGUGGGCUUACGAUUGCUUAAAAACCAAUCACCGCUUGUAUUAAUAAUUCUCCUGUUUAGUCCGUAAAGUGACAUUAGAAAAUCAGAAAAUCGACGAACAUGAUCCAGUUUUUUGAACCAUGGCAUGUUAAAACGCUACGUCAGAAAAUGACGUGAGAGUGAUAAAAUUAACAAAGAUAAGCUCAUCGUGCUCCUUCUGUGAUCUUUCGAAUGAUAAACGACGCGAAUGAUAUAUUUAUUCUUAAGUAAAAUGAAACAACACGUAAAGGGAUAGGAGAUUUCUAGAUGGAGAAAAAUUACGUUUUCGAGUUCCUUCUUCGGUUAACAGGUUGACGUUUGAAGAAGCUUUUCCUUCUGCCUCUUUUCUUCUCCUAUUACACAUCUAGGAUCUGUCGCAUCUCAAUGACUCAAGAUACAUCGCGAAACUACUGCCGUUAGUACUAAAUGAGUCUUUUAGCCAUUGAAAUACGUAUCCAGGGCGAGUUUCGUUGCGAGAAAUGAAACGAUCGAUAGCUCUCGUCGAGCGAAAUCCCGAUUUUUUCAAUUCUGCGCAAGUUGGCGAGUAUGAAACGCAUAAAUGUAUAAUGUAUACAUAUCUACGUAGACGAAGUACGAGGACGAACGCUGAAAAAAAUCUCGUGGAGCUUCCACUUCCGUGGUAGAAGGGAACGUUCCGUAAAUACUAGUCAUAUAGUUGCUCGUGCUUUUGUUCGAAUUCGUUCGUUUCCCUCUGACUAGCCGCUUGAAAUCGCGGUAAAAUUCUCAACGUACAGUGCCUUUAGAAACAUUAACACAGGGAUGGAGGAACGAGAACGUUCGAGCAGGAGGGACGAGCACACGAUCGAAAUGACGAGAAUCGCGCGUCGAUGUCGAAACAACCAUCCGACGAAGCAGCAGCCUAUAGAAAAUCGAAAAUGCGUUUGGAAUCGCGAUCGACCGAAUCGCUUUGCGUCGUUGUUUCGUGUAACCGAGUUCCUCGUAGAUCGAGGAAUCGAAUCUUUCCCGACUUCGCGAAUAUUGUUAAUAGACUGCGGAUUUUUAUACGUUUAUGACAAGUUUAACGCUUGAUCCAAUUGUCUUUCUCGCUUCCCCUUCCUAUACAUACUUUCACAUAUCUUCCUUCCUCUUAGAUCGUAAAAUAUUUUAUUCGCGAAAGAUGUGAAAUAUACGAAAUAUUACAAAUAAAUAUUUAAACGCUAUCUAUAUAUUUUAUGUAUUGAAUUAUAAUUUUUAAUAGAAAAAGAAAAAAGGCCACCAAUAUAUCGUACUUGUUAUAUAAUAUUUAAUGCACGAGACAAAUCCCUGCUACGAUUCCAACAUUCUCCAUCUCUUCGUAAAGUUAUAAACUUGUAUAAAUAUCCGCAGCCUAAUUAUUAUCGCGGUGUGAGGCGUUCGUCCUUUGAAGUUCCGAAACGCACACUAUCGAGAUACGCGAACGUACGACACGAGACACGGGGAAUAUCUGACGUCUGACACGAAUAUAUAUAAUAUCUUGUCGUAGAGUAUGAACACAAUGAGCAAAUGAAAGAGCGUGAGAGUGCGUGUUGCGUGAUUUCACGAUUGCCUCUGAGAAUCAAAGAAAAUCAUAGAGACCUGUAAUAUAGUUUUGCUACGAUGAUAGAGAAAAAGGGCGUGCAUUCGAAGCGAGCCGGUUUGCCAUUUCUCGGGGCCAAUGCGUUGUUAUUUAUUUCCGUCUACUUUUCUGUCCGAUAUCGUAUUUAAUUAUCCCGCGUGUCGCGUUUUAUUCUCGUGGCUUUUUAGUCCGAUCGUUGGCCCUCGCAGAAGGGCGUACCGUUCCUCUACCCUUUCACUCGGGCGCGCCUUGUUCUCUGAUCUAAUCGAUUUAUCAAUAUUAUUAUUAUUAUUAUUAUUAUUAUUAUUAUUAUUAUUAUUAUUAUUAUUAUUAUUAUUAUUAUUAUUAAUUAUUAUUAUUAUUAUUAUUAUUAUCAUUACAAUUAUUAUUAAUAUUAUUAUUACUACUAUUGCUAUUAUUAUUGCUAUUAUUAUUAUUACACUAUUAUUGUAAUGUUAUUAAUUUCGAGGUCAAUUAUGAUGAGAAGUAUCGCGCAUGUAGAUGCUAUUAAGAUCUUCUGUAAAUAUUUCUCUGUCAUUGUAUUAAUUUUAAUAACAUGCGAAAUAAAUCAUUCGUUCAAAUCA